UCAGACCUCUCAGGAGAUGCAAAGACUUUUCGUGGCUGCAAGAAUCAAACACUUGGACAUAACCUGGAAGACGUGCAUCUAUCAGUUGUACAAAACUGACUACAUUUCUGGAAGAGCUGAAAUAUUGUGGAAAACUUAUAUUUACACAACCAGAAUAAGAUAUCAGAAGAAAUGAGAGAACUGGUUUGCAGUCAUUUAAAGCUGCCUGUGGUGGCCCUGGAAGACUUUGAGAAAGUCGUCACACCCUAUGUGCAAGAUAUUUCACACGAUGAGUGGAUAUAUCUGGAUGCCUAUGAUAGUGGAUCAGAAGUCAGCAUUCUGCUGGCCGACAUGUGUCAUGCAGUUAUCGGUGAAAUUAGCGCCUUGAUCCUGCAGGGUGUAGAGCCUCAGGCUCUUGCCUCGAAACACUAUCAUUCAAGUGGUGAUGAUGGAACUGUCCAGGAUGGGAGCAGUCACUGCAGAGUGACGGAGCAGGAUGUUCAAGCCUGCUUUAGGAACAGCCUUCAUUGCUAUUUUGGUGAAGCCCUGGAUGUAGCAGAGGAAAGCUCCCACAACUUGGAUCAAUUAGUGAGAUUGUUCUCAGCAGAGAUUACUAAAACUGUAAACUCAUCGCUGGCUCAACUCACAUGGUCAGCUUUUGUCUUUAACAUUUAUGACUCGGUAACAGCAGAAUGCAUUUUACCAAUUGUCCAUAAUGUAGGGGAAAUGUUUAAAUACAUGUUGGAUGGCUGUAAAAGAAUGGAGGAUGAGUCAUGUGACGAGGUGGCAUGCCCGCGCUGUAACUGCGAGGUGUGCUGGCGUUUUGACUCUCAGGAUGCUAAAAGCGCUGGGCAGGACAGCACAGAAACGUUAGAAAGAAGUGACUCUUCAUCAGAGAGUUCAGACCACACGAAUGAUUUGACUCCUGAGCGAGCUCCACAGUUUUCUGAUUACUCAGAAUCAUAUCACUUCGUAAGUUCUUCAUCACAUCCGCCAUGUCCUGAGGUCCUGAUCAAUGAGACCUUUCUUACUGUGGUUCUUGCAAAGUUGGUUGACCACAUUGCUGCUAAAACCAGAGCAUCCAUACUAAACAUGGAUCUUGAUCAAUUAGUGCAUGCUGUAACAAGGAGGACUAGAGGCACGAUGUUUUUUACUCUCCCAAAAAGGGCUGACAGCCUGCACAUCUCCAUCUACAAAAAACUGUGCAAGAAAUUUAGAUCAAAAUACGUGCUGCAGGCUAUCAUGGAAUCGGGCGAUGAAGCUUUUGAGUUCGCUGUUUCUGUGACUUUAAUGUCACUGCUCCAAAAUCUAAGAGCACCAAGAAAAGAUGGAACCCCUUUCAAUCCUGGGAACCUUUCUCCAGUUCCUGAGAUUCAAACUCCAGAACCUGACGGUGAAGAAAGCAGUGGAAAGCUUCUCCACUUCCUGAGAGUCAGACACCAGAACCUGACAGUGAAGAAAAGAGAGAACAAACAUCGCCCUCACCUCCAAAAAGAUCACUGGGCAGAACUAUCAAGGAGACGCUUUCACGCUGGGCUUCUAAUGUUGUGAAUUUCAUUAAUGACGGCCUGGACAGUGAAAUUCACAGAUUGACUUUUCAGUCACAACACUGGUUUGGACAAACCCUCUUCUUUAAAAUUCUUACUGAAAAAUGAUCACAGGCUGAUUUUUCAAGAUAUAAAAAAAAAAAAAUACAAUAUAGGGUUUGUUAAAAUACUUUUGAUAAAUUUAAAUUGACAAACCAGAAGUCAGCUCUGCUUGUCAAGCUUACCAAUUUAAAACAAGACAUCCAUCUUUUCAAAAGAGUUGGGAAAUUAUAGGAUAAUAGGACAUAAUCUACAAUUUUGUGUCUAAAAAGUUUUACACUUUUUUAGUGAGAGUACCAACUUUUCUCACACCCCCAACCAGUCGCGGCAGAUGACUGCCCCCUCCCUGAGCCCGGUUCUGCCGAAGGUUUCUUCCUGUUUAAGGGAGAGUUUUUCCUUCCCACUGUCGCCAAGUGCUCGCUCACAGGGGGUCGUUUGAUUGUUGGGUCCUUUGCCUGAUAAUAUAAAGGUUUAAUUUGAUGC